UGCUAUGAUGCAGGGUACCGCCUUUGCGGGCUGGGGGGAGAAGGAGGGCCCCCGCGGGGGGAGUCCGCGCUCGACGAUGGACGACCUCUUCGAGAACUCGCCGGCGGAGUACUCCAUGGAGUACUUCUUCGACGAGCUCGAGUCGGUCGCGGAGGAGGAGGAGGGGGGGCGUAGCGGCGGCACGCCUUCGGACUCGCAGCCGGGCACGCAGACGCUUGCCGAAGCGGUCGAGGCCAUCCUGAGCAUCGAACGGAUCCUCCACGCGAUGCAGUACGUCGAGCUCACCGAUCUCCGGACGUUGCGGAAGACGUUGGCGCUCGCGCACGUCAAGCUGACAACGUUCGCGCCGCAACAUCUGGCGGCGGCCAAGCGCGCGUACGAGGUCGCAGGCCGCCCGGUGCCCGCGCUUCUCGAUGUCCUCGUCGGCCAGCUGUCCAGGCCGCUCAGCGCGUGCCACCCGCCGCCCGCGCCGGCGCUGCCCGGAUGCGCGGCGCUGCCGAUCGCCAACCUGGCCGCGACGAUGGACCUGCUGCAGCGCGAGGCGCAGCUCGAGGAGGGUUGGGCCGCCCGCCCCUCCUCGCUGCACCCCGCCGCCCGCCCCACCGUGGUCGAGGUCCCCGUCGACUUCUCGCGCUAUGCGUCAAUGCCUAUUGGCGUCGGCCGCGCUUAGAGGGGAGGACCCCUUGUACACUUGCCAUCCACACGCGCCCCGGCAUGUCGAGCCGCUCGACGCUUGCUGGCGGCGCGUCCACUAGUCAUGACUGCUCAACCCCCCGCCCCGCCCCCGCGCCGUUGCUAGCCUCUGAGGCGGCGACGGCCGGGGGCGCGCGCAUGGCCACACAACCCAUAUUCGCAUGGCCACAACCCAUAUUACCUAGCCGGCUCUCGUCGCUGGGCCGCCCGCGUCGAAUGUUGGUUGGGGGGGUGCCGGCAAUGGAACCCGCUCCUCAUUGUACACUUUCCCUUUGCAUGCCGGUGCCGCUCGCUGAGUCGCUCAGCAGGUUUGCAUGCCGGUGCCCCGCUCGCUGAGUCGCUCAGCCGCAGGAGCCGGGAGCGGGACGCCGUCCGUUGCGCGCGCGUUUAGCGGGUCGCCCGCGACGCGCGCGCGCACGGCACAGUUUUCGGUUCGCAUAUGCAAAA